UGUCAAGUCCAUUUUAGAGAGCACUUCUUUUCACGUACGUCUAACGGGAAGAUGAAAGUUGUAAUAGUGUUCCUUGGCAUUUCGCUUGGAGCAGUUGUUGAUUGCUUAGAGCUAGUCAACAAGGACUCAAGCCCUGUUCCAGUCGUUAGUCCUCGGAUCGUCGGCGGUGAGGCCACUAAAAUCAAUUCUUAUCCACAUAUAGCUUCCCUCCAACACCGUUAUUAUCUAUUCUUCUGGUAUCAUGAGUGCAGUGGAACCAUAAUAACAAGUAGAGCUAUUCUGACUUCUGCCUACUGUCUUGACGGCUGGGGAGCUGAUAAAUGGCGGGCCAGCGUUGGUUCCUCGUACAGCGGGAGCGGAGGAACUAAAUACCGAAUAGCUUCAAUAGUCAUACACCCACGCUUCAAUAGGGGCGCUAUCACCAACGACAUAGCCAUAAUGCGUACCAGCAUAUUGAUGACUUUUACAAAUUUGGUUCAACCAGCCCGCAUACCGCCUAAUCCAAACUUUGUCGUCGAGAAUAAUAAGCCGGUCGAGGCAGCUGGAUGGGGACCUAUUUAUGUAAGUAUUGCAUUUCAAUGACGUCGAUUAAUCUAUACUAUUAUAUAAAGCUGAAAAGUU